GCGUGAAGUGGCUCUCCGGGAGCUCGGCUCCCGGAGUCUGGGGAGCGACCGGGCUCAUGUGGACGCUGCUCUCCGCCGCGAGCCCGGCUCGAGGACUGGCUUGAUACUGGAUACCAGCAUAUACCAAAUAUGUCUUUAAAAAGUAGUUUUCUGUGUAUUACAAUAACAUAACCAUUUCCACAACUGACCACAAGGUGGCAACAGAAGAUCAUCUACAAGAAAACUUUAGCAGGAGACCCUUAUCGACUUUUAGUUGAUGUUGAUUAUAUCGUUGGAAGAAAAAAUUGUGGAAUUCUAAUUGAAGAUGAUCAGUCAAUCAGUAGAAAUCAUGCUUUGUUGACUGUGAGACAUUCUGUGACAAACCUGAGUCAAGCUUCUGAAAUCCCUACAUUGACAAUAAAAGAUAAUUCUAAAUAUGGCACGUUUAUUAAUGAAGAAAAAAUGCAGAAUGGGAUUCCACUGCUUUUAAAGACAGGCGACAGAAUUACCUUUGGAGUCUUUGAAAGCAAAUUUAAAGUGGAAUAUGAACCAUUGGUUGUAUGUCCCUCUUGUCUAGAUGUGUCUGGAAAAACCGUUUUAAAUCAAACUGUUUUACAACUUGGAGGACUUGUUGUAAACAACUGGAGGGAAGAAUGUACUCACCUUGUCAUGAUGUCAGUUAAAGUUACUAUUAAAACAAUAUGUGCAUUGAUUUGUGGUUGUCCCAUUGUAAAACCAGAUUAUUUUACUGAAUUUCUUAAAGCCAUUCAGACAAAGAAACAGCCUCCGAAACUUGAAAGUUUUUAUCCGCCCAUUGAUGAACCUGCUAUUAAUAAUGAAAAUCUUGAUCUAUCAGCACGUAAGGAAAGAAAACAUAUAUUCAGUGGGAAAACUUUUAUAUUCUUAAAUGCCAAACAGCAUAAGAAAUUGAGCCCAGCAAUUCUUCUUGGAGGUGGAGAAGCUAAAUUGUCAACAGAGGAAGAUAACGAAGCAGUUACUUCUUUUCUAACUCCUGGAACAUGUAUUGUUGAUGUAGGAGUAACAAAUUCACAGAUUUUAAUUCCUGAUUCUGUGAAAAAAUGGAUUCAUUCAGUUAUGGAUAUGCUUCAAAGCCAGCAUCUUAGAGCCAUCCCUGAAGCAGAAAUUGGAUUAGCAGUUAUUUUCAUGUCCACAGAGACUUAUUGUAAUCCUGGUACAGGAUUGACUCCAACUCCAAGACCAAGUCUUUCUCAGAACAAAAUGGUAAAUGAAACCUUGAUGCCGGGUGCCACAGUAUAUAUACCUGACACAGAAUUAGAAAAUGCAGAUACUUGCAUGGAUUUAACUCAAAGUCCAAAAGAGAAUGAAACUCCCCAGAUGGAACAAAGAUCCAAAGUGUCUUCACAAGAAAUAUUCACUAUAAAAGAAACUCCUAACAUGAAUUGCAGUGUUAGUUUGGGGACAAAUCCACUUAAUCAUACUUCAGUAAAAAUUUCAAAGAAUCAACUUUCCCCAACUCAGAUUUCAUGUAGAAGGAAAGAACAAGCUUCUCAACAACAACAAACUAACUCCAUUAAAAACUAUUUCCAAUCAGUUACAAAGAAAAGGGAAAGGAAAGAAGAAGAGCAAGAGGAAUCUGUUUCCAAAUCUGCAAGGAUAGAACUGUCUUGUUCUCUUUUAGAUCAAACAGAACCUACUACUUCCUCAGUGUGGAGAAACCAAGAACAGCACCAAUCUCAGAAAGGACCAUGUACUUUGGACAGAAAAACAGAUGAAGCAUAUAGAAAUGUUCAUCUAAAGCCUAAUGUAAACAAUCUUGUUGAUGAACUUCUUAAGCCCAACCUGAGAAAGAGGAAAGAAAUGGAUGAUUUAAUUAUGGAAAAAGAGGUUUUAGAACAUUCAUGUCAAGGGACAGAACAAGAACAAGAGGUUGAAAUUGGAGUUCAAGAACCAAUGACUGAAUUCAGUUUACCAAAAAAAUUGAAAAUGGAUAUUAAAAAAAAUGGUUCUGAGGAUAAUGAAUCAAUUCAAAACAGUUGCAAAGUAGCUCAAGAAAAUAAUCUGGGGGAAAAAUGGGAAAUAAAGCAAGAAACACUGUCUUCUGUAAAAGAACAGAAUGAUAAACUUCAAGAUGGUUGUGAGAUACUUCCCAAGAAGCUUUUAUUGACUGAAUUUAGAUCACUGGUGGUUAGUCAUUCUAGAUCCAGAAAUACAUCCAUUAUAAGAAAUGAUUAUGGACAGCCAAACUUUAAAAAAUUUAAAAAGGUAGCUUAUCCUGGGGCAGGAAAACUUCCAUGCAUCAUUGGAGGCUCUGACCUAAUAGCUCAUCAUGCUAAAAAGAAUGCAGAAUUAGAAGAAUGGUUAAGACAAGAAAUAGAGGUACAGAACAAACAUGCAAAAGAAGAAUCACUUGCUGAUGAUCUCUUUAGAUACAAUCCUAAUGUAAAAAAGAGAAGAUAACUGAAGAGUUAAAUAAUGAAGCAAUUAUAUGGCAAGCAUUUACUUGAAUGUUUACAAGGUUAUCGUAUAAUAUACAGAAGAGAUUGCAAUAUAAUUUGAUAAUUUACCUUCAUCAUUAAAUAAAAUACAAAAAAUGUAAUUUUUUUAUUCAUGUGAAAUAGUUUUAGUUUCAAAUCUUCCAAGAACUUCUUCCCCCCUCCCCCCCCCAAAAAAAAAAUGGUUACAGAUAUAAAUUCAUCAGUUAUGGUGAUCUCUUUGAUCAACUAUGGGGGCCAGCCUUAGAAAGUUAAGCUUUUCACAGAUUCCUGUCUUAAAGAUGUAAGCUCUCCUACUUUGCCUAUCUUAUUAAAUUUCUUGCAUGCCAAAACUGAGGAAGAUAAAAUUCAUAUUAGUGGCAUAUUAUGUGUUCCAUUUAAAUUGAAUAAGAAGCUUAUUUUAGAACAAUUUUAGAACAAAGGAAUUACAUACAUUUUGUAAUCAGGUCUCUUAAUUUUAAAAAUGAAGAAACUGACAGAAUUAGUUACACAAUUCAGGGAUCCUAACUUCAAGUCCAUUGUUCUUUACUAAUUUUUUUAAAACUUUAAUUCAGUUAACUCCCCUAGUUAAUGAUUUAGUCAUGUACUCUCCACAUUUAACCUUUUAUUAUACCACUUCUAUCUAGUUAGCUUUCCCAGAUACUUAAGACUUAUUUGUUGUGAAUCUUUGUUUUUAUUGUCUCUAAUCAGUUACCACUUCCUUAUAAAAUCCCCUGGAGGAAGCAAAAAAGAAUGUGGUGUGUAUGUGUUUAGGGUAUUUUGUAACUGGGAGUCUGCUUGUGAAUUGACUUAUUAAAGUCUAAGUAUGGCCGUACUAUAAUGAUCAUUUCAUGUUUAUAGAGAUGUUUAGAAUUUGGUUUCCUUUACAAAUAAUUCUCUAAUGUUUGACUGGAUAUUUGAUCUUAUUACUGUGAGUUUUUCUCUAGUGAUAUGAUUUAUGCCUCUUCAUCUUCUGUAGCUCUUAUCCAUGACUUUCGAUAAAUUCACACUACAGUGAAUUUUUUACCCAGUGUGCUAGAGAUCUUCCUAAGGUUCUUUUGACAUGGCAAGAAUAUUAGCAGAGCAUGUAUAUAUUCUAUUGGAUAUCCAAUUCUCCUUAGGGAAAUGGCUCAUUUUUUAAACUCAAUACUUUGAUAACAUCCUUUACAUCAUUCCUUUGCAAUUAUUUGCUAGUUAGGUAGUACCAGUUUAUAAACUUUGAGGAUCUUUGCCUUUAUCAAAUUACAUAUCAGCAAAUCAAUUCUGGUUAAGUGCAUCAUUUUUCAUUCAUAAAAUUUAAAUCUGUCCUCAGAGAAACAAUUUAAGAUACUUUAUAGUUUCUCUAAUAGAUCAUCUAAAUUCAAGAAGUUAGCCUGAAAUAAAACAAUACUAGCUUUUGUGUUGAAGGUUUUUUUUUUUUUUUUUUUUUUAAUGCUAUUCUAUUUUUCCCCCAGUUACAUGUCAAGGAAAUUUUUAGCAUUCAUUUUUACAAGAUUUUGAGUUACAAAUUUUUUUUUCCAAUUUUCAGCAUCAACUUAUAAUUAAGGGGCCCACUGCCUUGUGAUUUCUAUAAUGGGCCCUAGAAAAGACUGAAAGUUAUACUAGAAAAGAGAAGGAAGAAUGAGACUUUUUUUAAAAAUUUUUUUUAAUUAAUAAAUUUAUUAUUAUAUAUAUAUAUAAAUAAAAAUAAAUUUAAAAUGUUUCAGCUCCAAGAAAGUGCAGGAAGGAUGGAGAUUGUUAACCAUAGGGAUUACAUUCAAAUAGAAUUGAUGCUAAUUGCAGUCUUGAUACUCUAGUGUCUUCAUUAAUGGCCAUUGUGCAUCACAGUUUUAGAGGUAAAAUAGCUGUACACAAAUAAAUUGGUUUAAUUUUAAUUUUUUUUAAAGCUGAUUAUCAUUAUAUACAGAGUCAUUUAUUUAUGACUAUUAGGAAAAUCAGAUUCUGCACAUGAAUGCAGAAAGUAAAAAGAUUUGAGUGGGCUUUUAGAAUGUCCCUUUUUAAGUUGUCUUAUAAUAGUAACCAGAAUUUACUUAGUUGAACAUUGAAGUCAUUUCCCAAAACUCAACAUUCACAGAUUUAAACCUGUAUUUUAUAAUCUUAACUAUCAUUACAAUCAUUUAUUUGAAACUUAAGUUUUGGCUGAUCUAAGUGGGGAUUGAAAAAAUACACCAAACUUUGGCCUAUGGUAAAUUAGCCAGAGAAAAAUUCUAACGUGGAAGGGCAUAAGUAAAUUUAUUGUAAUUUAUUUACCCUAUUUAAUAGGGUAAAAAAAAAUUUUUACCCUAUUAAUAAGGGUAAGUUAUUUACCCUUAACUUUUCUUCUGAAACUUCAACUUUUAUCUCUUGUGUUCACCAUAGGGGGGGCUUGUUACAUGAUUUUGUGACAAAUUUACAUUUGUCUGAAUAGUGUUAAAAAGCAUAUACUGUAAUUGCUUAAAUUGGAUCCUGUUGGGGAAAAAGAAACCUAUUAUAACAUGCAGUUUGUUAUUAAUAACUUUUUAAAACAUGUUUUUUCACAUAUCUUUGCAAAUGUAAUAAAAAAUCCCAUCUUACAUCACAAA